CAUUCCAUUCGUUAUUUCCACCCCACGCUGUCUCUCCCUCUCCCUGUAUCUCCUUAUGUCUUCGCGUUUCUCUCUCGCUCUCUCUUACUUUCCGCCUCUUACCGGCCUACAUCGCCGCCGCCCUUAAGCCCUAAAAAUCCCAUCCGUAGAUCAGUACACUUCCAUGACACUGAUUGUUUCAUCUAUUUCUAUCGAAUUCUGAGAAUGGUUGGCAGCUUCAAAGUUGUUAUGAAGGAAUUCAUUCUACUUAGAUUUGUCCUCCUCAGUUGCAACUAGUCACCCAGCUUGUGUUAAAUUUACAAGAAAAUGGAUCGCUGUGAUACUUCUGGAUUUGUUAGUGGGGGUGGGAUGUUCUCUUUAAGAGACAUCUAACCUAGUUUUGUAGCUAAUUUUCUUGAUCCCAGAAGUCAGGUGUACUGUUCAUUAAGAUUGAUAUUAGGUUUUGGAAGUCACUUUGGAUUUUAGUCAUUGUUUUAUGGAGAACAAGUUUCGGAACUUGGGCUUUGCUUCUAAUUAUCCCUCAAAUGCAUUCAAGAUUUUGGGUAAGUCAAUGCAAAUUGAAGGAGCUGUGGCUGAAUAUAGUGCAGAUACUGUCUUACGUCUUGAUUCCCCUGGUUCUUCACUAACGUACAUGUCUCCAUCAAAGGGAAUUAAACGGAAAUGGAAUUUGAUAGACAGAUCCAUGGGUCAACGUGUUGGCUCCUCAUUGUCUCUUGGGCUAGGCCGCUCAUCAAGUUCCUCAGAAAGCAAGGGGAGUUCAGCAACUGCUUGCACUACAAUGUCUUCAGCCAAAGAAACUGAUGAGGAGUCAUCAAUGGAUCUUGAAUUGGACUUUUCCUUCCAUCUGGGCAAUGAAAAGAUGUCCAGCCCAAAGAAAUGUGCUAGUUCAAAUCUUAAAGAACUAGAAUUGCUGCCCAAGAUUGAUCUGGAGUUGAGUCUUUCUACUGGGCCAUCCGAAUCUGACAUUACUAGUGUCUAUCCAUACCCCAACUCCACUCCACUUGAAUUUGGCAUGGAGAUGCCACUUACUGUUGGUGGGGCAUCAAAUGUAGAUGAAGGAUCAACAUCCUGUAGUUGGAAAACAGGGAUUACAUUGCUCAUGUCAGAGAACAAAGAGGCUAACUUUUUUUUAAACCAGGUUCAAAGAACUUGUGAUCCUACUCCCAUUGUUCCAGACCUCUCAUCAAGUGUGAUAACAGUGCCAAAAAGUUCAGUCACCUGUACUUCUGGGAUAACACAGCAGCAACAGCCACAUCAACGCAGCUCUAGUUCCAAGUUGUGUCAGGUUGAGGGAUGUGGAAAGGGAGCCAGAGGUGCUUCUGGCCAUUGUAUUUCCCAUGGUGGUGGCCGAAGAUGUCAGAAACCAGGCUGCCACAAGGGAGCUGAGGGCCGGACUGUGUUCUGCAAGGCCCAUGGGGGUGGCCGGAGAUGUGAAUUUCUUGGUUGCACAAAAAGCGCAGAAGGUCGCACAGACUUUUGUAUUGCCCAUGGUGGUGGUCGAAGAUGCAGUCAUGAGGGUUGUACUCGGGCUGCAAGAGGAAAAUCAGGAUUGUGCAUUCGGCAUGGUGGUGGGAAGAGAUGUCAGAAAGAAAAUUGCACAAAAAGUGCUGAAGGCCUAUCAGGCCUGUGCAUUUCACAUGGAGGUGGUCGUCGAUGCCAAGCCACAGGAUGCACAAAAGGAGCACAAGGGUGCACAAUGUUCUGCAAAGCGCAUGGUGGUGGAAAACGCUGCACAGCUCCAGGAUGCACCAAGGGUGCUGAAGGGAGCACACCUUUUUGUAAGGGCCAUGGAGGCGGGAAAAGGUGUGCCUUCCAAGGUGGUGGGGUUUGUACUAAGAGUGUCCAUGGAGGGACCAACUUCUGUGUUGCACAUGGGGGUGGCAAGAGAUGUGCUGUACCCGAGUGCACAAAGAGUGCAAGAGGAAGAACAGAUUUUUGUGUUCGUCAUGGUGGUGGGAAAAGAUGCAAGUUUGAAGGAUGUGGCAAGAGCGCCCAGGGCAGCACAGAUUUCUGCAAGGCACAUGGUGGAGGGAAGAGAUGUUCCUGGGGCCAUCCUGGGUCAGAAUAUGGUGUCCAGCCUACUGGUCCGUGUAACUCAUUUGCAAGGGGUAAGACUGGUCUCUGUGCACUUCAUAGUGGUCUGGUGCAGGAUAAGAGGGUUCAUGGUGGUGUCACUUUGGGACCCAUCAUUCAGGACCCCAAAGUUAGCCAGCCAGAAAAGAUGAAAGAAGCUGUCAUUGCGGAGGACAUGAAUGUGGAUACUGUGAAGAUGGGAACUAACAUUGUGGCUUUGGCAAGCAAAACUACUUCAGACAUGAAAACUUUUGGGGUCCCAAAUGCCCAUACCCCUGUUGGGGAACCAGGGUUGCCAACGGUGUCAGUCUUUGUACCAGAAGGCAGGGUGCAUGGUGGAAGUUUGAUGGCAAUGCUGGCUGGUGGUUCAGGCAUUGGCUCAAGCAGCAGCCAAGUUGUAGCUGGUGAUUCAUCUGAGCCCAGGAAACCUUACAUGAUGUCUCGGAGCUGGAUAUAGGUUGUGUCCUCUACAUUUAUGUGGUUUAGUCUGUUGGUGUUCUGAACUUGUUCUCAUUCAUUUGUUCAAAUGGCAAGAAAGGUAUAAAAGCUUCGACCACCCUUGUGUGAUAAUUUGUAAAAGUCAAGUAGGAUUUAGCGUUGAAUCAGGUCUCGGGGGUUCUUCCCUGUAAACACCUGCAUAUGUCCAGCAGGGGGUUGGUACACCGGUUAUUGCCUGUAAAGUUGGUCAGUUUGUCAAACAUUCUCGCAUUAAUAAAUCCUUCUAGCGUAUCAUCUUUA